AAAAAAUAACACAAUUAUUUUGCCUUUAGAUUCUCUCUAAAUUAAUAUGUAGAUAAAAAAAAAUAGAGAGAGUGAGACAUUUUUUUUUUUUAUAAAUAGUUGAAUUGUGUUAAGUUUAUAGUUUCUCUGUUUUCAUUUUUUUUUUUUGAAUUAUUUUGGGUAAUUUUACUGAAAGAUUGGAUCUUUUUGAGAAUCUGUACAAAGGUUCUUGAUUUUUGAAGGUUGAUGUUCGUCCGUCUUUCGAUUUUAAUUUUUGGAUUUUUGAUUCAUUUAGAUUAGUUUCUAUUAGAUCCUUUUGAUGAUAAAGGCCUCUUGUAGAAAUGCAGGAUAAAACUGUGUAUAAUUGAUCGAGCUCAGUAGGCUUCCUGUUUAGUAUAAAGGGUUCUUGAUUUUGCAGGUUUAUGUACAUUUGUAUUUUUUUGAAUUUUUUGGGGGUUUUCUACUGAAAGAUUAGAUCUUUUUGAGAAUCAGUAUUAAUUGUUCUUUCCGUGGAAACAAUUUCUUGUAGAAAUGCAGGGUAAGACUGUGUACAGUAGACCUGCCCUGCGUGCUAGCUUAGUGCACGGGGCUGCCUUUGAAGGUUGAUGUUCAUGGUCUUUCAAUUUAAUUUUUGAGUUUUUGAUUCAUUUAGAUUAGUUUUGAUUAGAUCUUUUUGAUAGUAUAAAGGGUUCUUGUUGUGGGAAACAACCUCUUAUAGAAAUGCAGGAUAAAAAUGUGUAUAAUUGAUCGAGCCCCGUGGGCUUCUUGUUAUAGUAUAAAGAGUUCUUGAUUUUGCAGGUUUACGUUCAUUGUUUGUAUUUUUUUGAAUUAUUUGGGGGUUUUCUAUUCAAAGAUUAGAUCUUUUUUAGAAUCAGUAUAAAUGGUUCUUUCAGUGGGAACAGUCUCUUGUAGGAAUGCAGGGUAAGACUGCGUACAGUAGACUUGCUCUGCACGCGUAUAGCAAAAGCUUAGUGCACGGGGAUGCCUUUUUAGUAUAAAUGGUCCUUAAUUUUGCAGGUUUUUUGUUUUUUUGAAUCAUUUUUGCACUAAAAGAUUAGAUCUUUUUGAGAAUUAGUGUAAAGGGUUCUUGAUUUUGUGCAGGUUGAUGUUUUCGGUUUGUGCUCUGCGAUAUAUUUUUUUAGCUUGAUUCUUGAUUUUUGCCCUUUAAAGAUUGAACCUUUUUUUGAAAAUUAAGUUUGGGUUUCUAAUGUUGUUUGUUGUUCAAUUUUUUAUUUAGGUUCAAGAUGGUUGGAUCAAAUGAAAAUUCCCAAGGUGUUGUAAGGCCUUCGAUUCUUCGAGGGGUAAUGGGGAAUAAUAGAAGGGCUCUGAGCACAAUAAAUGGGAACAUAGUUGAAGCUCCACAAUACCCUUGUAAGCUACGCAAGAAAAAUGGAGUCACCGACAAGUAUGUGGAUGGUGAAAUGAACCCAAUUCAUCGACUAGUCACGAGGAAGUAUGCUGCACAAGUGGCUGACAAGCGUCAACAACCAUCACUCGAGGUAACAAAGCCAGUGGUCGAAACAGCACCUAAUGGAAAUGAACUAGAAGGUGCCAUCAAUACCGAUGUUGAAGAUUACAAGGCUACAAGUGACUAUGUUGUGCCAAUGUCUGUCCAACACACAGAAGCAAUGAUGGAGGAAAUUGAUCGGAUGGAUGAAGAGAUAGAGAUGGAAGAAAUAGAAAAGGCGUUAAUUGUGGACAUAGAUCGUGCUGAUAAAAAGAACGUACUAGCUGCUGUGGAGUACAUUGAUGAUAUUCAUGCUUACUACAAGAAGAUUGAGAGUUCUGCUUGUGCCCCUCCAAACUACAUGGAACAACAAUUCGAUAUCAAUGAGAGGAUGAGAGCUAUUCUCAUUGACUGGCUGAUUGAGGUACAUUACAAGUUUGAACUGAUGGAGGAGACUUUGUACUUGACCGUUAAUCUUAUCGAUAGAUUCUUGGCUGUCCAGCCAGUGGUUAGGAAAGAACUCCAGCUGGUUGGGGUAACAGCUUUGUUUCUCGCUUGCAAGUACGAAGAAGUUUCAGUUCCUGUCGUCCAGGAUUUAAUUUUGAUCUCCGACAAGGCUUACACCGGGAUGGAAGUGCUUGAAAUGGAGAAGUUGAUGAUCAAUACCUUACAGUUCAAACUAUCAGUGCCUACGCCGUAUAUGUUUAUGAAGCGAUUUCUCAAAGCUGCUCAGUCUGAUAAGAAGGUGGAGCUUCUGUCAUUUUUCAUGACCGAGCUAUGCCUUGUUGAGUACGAAACACUUAGGUUCCCACCUUCAAUGCUAGCAGCUGCAGCGAUAUUUACCGCUCAAUGUACACUAGGUGUGGCUAAGGAGUGGACUAAAACUUGCGAGAAGUAUAGCAAGUAUACUCGAGAUCAGCUUUUGGAAUGUUCAAAACUGAUGGUUACUUUCCAUCAGAAGGCUGCAACUGGGAGGCUUAAUGCUGUACACAGAAAGUAUAGCAUCUCUAAAUAUGGCUUCGUUGCAAAGAUGUUCCCACCGGCUUCUUUUCUUUUAGAGGCAAGCUUUUUUUAGCACAUGAUGUUUACUUGCAUCUGCUUAACGAAACGUUGUAGACUUAUAGAGCAAUUUAAGUUGCCCUUCUGGCCUGUGGGAUUAGAUUCCCGCAUUCAGUAGACAUGACGAUGAGUAUAUUGUUAUUUUUCGUGUGGUUACAUUGCUCAAUGUAGCAAGAUUUAAGUACUUUUUUACCAAUUGUUGGUACUAUUUUGCAAAUCUAAA